AUGAACCAAUAUCUGGCUUCAGGGGCUGGUCUCAUUGUCGUCUACUUGGUUUACUAUCUGGUGUCCUCCUUCAUCAGCAAUCGCUAUCACGCUCGACAAGCGAAUGCACUGGGCUGUCAACCAACAUGGCAGCGACCUCACAAAUAUCCACUGGCCAUCGAUCUCGUUCAGGAAGUGAUUCAAGCCGACAAGAACCAAACAGUACCUGACUAUUUCCUGGGAGUCUACAAGGCGACCCGCAAGAAUACCUGGUCUCAAAAUGUGUUGGGUACCAUGCAAUUUGUUACCAAUGACCCCAAGAAUAUUCAGGCCAUAUUGGCUACUCAAUUCCAGGACUUCGAGAUUGGGGAGCUGAGAAGGGGUAACUUCUUCCCGAUGCUCGGCAAUGGGAUUUUCACUGUCGAUGGCAAGGCAUGGGAACACUCUCGGUCAAUGCUUCGACCCCAGUUUGCACGUCAGCAAGUCGCCGACCUACAACUAGAAGAGAUUCAUGUUCAAGAUAUGUUCCGACACCUCACAGCCAGCGACGGAUGGACUGAUUACGUUGAUUUGGUUCCUUUGUUCUUCCGCCUCACGCUCGACUCCGCCACCGAAUUCCUCUUCGGUCAAAGUGUUGAUUCGCAGAACGCUGCCCUUCCAGGUUAUACCCAGAAGGCCAAAGAAGCAGGAGACUUAGAUUGGACUUCCUUUGCUCAUUCCUUUGACUCUGGGACCAUGUGUCUUGGCCAGCGUGGACGACUCGCCGAGUUCUACUGGGUCAAAAACCCUCAAUCAUUCAAAGACAACUGCAAGGAUGUCCAUAAAUUUGCAGAUUACUAUGUCAAUCUUGCUCUCACAACUGAUCUCUCUUCGCUCUCUGAAAACCACCACGCGGACGGCCCGAGAAAGGAGAAGUACAUCUUCUUGAAAGAGCUUGUCCAGCAGACUAGGGAUCCCAUCGAGCUCAGAAGUCAGCUUCUCAAUAUUCUACUUGCAGGUCGUGAUACCACUGCUGGACUCCUUGGCUGGACUUUCUUCUUGCUGGUGCGACACCCCGACGUUUUCAAGAAACUCCGCGAGACCAUUUUGGAGGAAUUCGGAACAUAUGACCAACCCAAGAACUUGACUUUCGAAAAUCUUAAAGGCUGUACUUACCUUCAACAUACUCUAUCUGAAGUUCUUCGUCUCUAUGCAACAGUGCCACUUAAUCAAAGACGGGCAACCAGAGACACAACGCUUCCAAGGGGAGGCGGGCCUGACGGCAACUCCCCAGUCUAUGUCCGCAAAGGUCAAGAAGUCAACUAUUCUGUUCACGUUAUGCAUCAUCGCGAGGACCUUUGGGGACCAGAUGUCGAAGAAUUCAAACCUGAACGAUGGGUCAGCCGUAGACCUGGUUGGGAAUUCUUGCCAUUCAACGGUGGUCCACGAAUCUGCUUGGGUCAACAAUUUGCUCUGACGGAAGCAGGGUAUGUGAUUGUGAGAAUGCUCCAAAAAUUCGAUGGCAUCAAGACCAAUGAAAGUGAUCCUAUUGUGAGGCAUCAGUACAGUGUCACCACGGCGCCUGCUCGAGUUCCCGUGCGCCUACACGUGGCUUGA